AUGGCUGAACAAGAGCUUAGAGUAAGGAGGAUUGAAGAUUGGAAACAAAGAGGAAUAAUUUGGAGAUCAGGGUUUCAAGAAUCGGGGAUUCGUUUUGGAAGUUUCUUGGCCAUUGGAACUGUUAGAGGAUUCCCAAGAAGUGGAUCAUAUUUCAAGGUUAAGAUAUUUGGUGCCAAUACUUUGGAAAUAAACUAUUCCAAUAUAAAAUCUGUUGAAGAAGUUGUUGAAGCUAAAGAAGGAGUUGAAGUGAGUGGUGAUAGUGAUAAGAGUUUAGGUGAAGGUGAAAUACCCCUUCAAGCUCAAAGGACAAUAAAAAAUGGCAAGAGAAAAAAUAGUGUGGAUUUGUAUACUACCCAGCCAAUAUUCUCAGAUGGGGACAGAGGAGACAUGACUAAGAAGGCUAAAAAUUGCUCAUCAAUUGAAGUUCUUAAUGAGAGUGACAAUAAUGAGAAUCCCUUUUUUAAUGUUACAUUGCCACAAUCUUAUGCCCAUGGCUGCAGGAUGGCGAUACCAAGUAAUUUUUCAAGAGCACACUUGAACAAAUUUAAAGGGAUUGCAAAUUUAAGAGUUGGUGAGGACAAGACUAUGGAAGUGAAUGUGAACUUUGAAGAUAAUAAUAGAAGAUCUGUUUUGACUACUGGUUGGAAAUCAUUUAACCAAAAAUAUAACUUAGAAGUUGGUGAUAAAUGUAAAUUUGUGAUGACUCAAAGAGAACCACUAUUAUUUACUGUUACUAUUACUCCAUCAAGGGAGCAAUCAAUUUCAAAGAAAUUAAAAUCUCAAGGUUAUAAAGAAGGGACCUCUUCUUGUGGUGAUAAUCCAAAGAGAAAAGUAUUUAAAGGAACUUCUAGGAGCUGCCAAACAAAUCAUCUUCUUGGAAGUAAGGACAGUGGAGGCAUGAUUAAGAAAGCUAAAAAUUGCUCACCGGUUGAAGUUGUUAAUGAGAGUGACAAUAAUGAGAAUCCCUUUUUUUAUGUUACAUUGUCAAAAUCUUACGUCCAUGGCAGCAAUAUGUUGGUGAUACCAUGUAAUUUUUCAAGAGCACACUUGAACAAAUUUAAAGGGAUUGCAAAUUUAAGAGUUGGUGAGGACAAGACUAUGGAAGUGAAUGUGACGUUUGAAGAAGCCAAAAGAAGAUCUCUUGUGACUACUGGUUGGAAAUCAUUUAACCAAAAAUAUAACUUACAGGUUGGUGAUGAAUGUAAAUUUGUGAUGACUCAAAGAGAACCACUUUCAUUCACCGUUACUAUUACUCCAUCAAGGGAGCAAUCAAGCUCAAAGAAAUUAAAAUCUCAAGGUUAUAAAGAAGGGACCUCUUCUUGUGGUGAUAAUUCAAAGAGAAAAGAAUUUAAAGGAACUUCUAGGAGCUGCCCAACAAAUCAUCUUGAAAAUUCAGAAGGUGAUAAUGUGAAGAAACCUAAAACAUUCAAGAUUGAUGUGUAUUCCAAAUACUCGAAUGUUCCAAAGGAGUUUAUGAAAAGAGGAAGUCAUGAAAACUUUCUGGAGUUGAAAAUGGGGGGACGAUCAUGGUCUGUAAAAGUGAAUUAUUAUGAUAGUAUUCAUGGUUAUAGAUUCUCUGGAGGUUGGAGACAAUUCAUAAAAGAAUGCAAAGUGGAGAUUGGAGAUACUCUUCUCUUUAAGUUGAUUGAUGAGAGCAAGUUUGUGUUUGAUGUUUCAAUUGUAGGAAAAAAUCCCUUAGCUGCUUGUUCUAUUGUUCUUUAAGGUACUAUUUAAUUGAACAUUUUCUUUGUUUUGCUCUUUCAAGUGCUAGAUGUUUAGCUCUACGAUUUUAAGCUUUGUAUUUUGUUCUUGUAAACUUCUAUGUUUCAUUUGAAUCUA